AUGACAUCAGAUGAAGGAUAUUUUGGAAGCUUGUCGGUUCCAUUAUUUGGUGUUUUGACAUGUGCUGGUAUCUAUUUUUUGAGACGUUACUUGAAAGGUGCACAGUUCAAUGAAUAUGUGGAAGCUGGAGGAAAAAUAGCAUUAGUUACUGGAGCAAGUGCAGGUAUUGGAAAGCAAACAGCCCGAGAGCUUAACCUUCGAGGUGCAACUGUUUAUAUGUUGUGUAGAGAUCGUGCAAAAUCGGAAAAUGCAAGAAUUGAAUUGACAAAAUUGGGUUGCAAUCCAACGAGAUUAAUAUUGAAAGAUGUGGAUUUGGCAAGCUUUGCAACAAUUCGGAAAUUUGCUGAUGAAAUUAGAUAUGAGGUGGAUAAAAUAGACAUACUUGUGAACAAUGCAGGAAUAAUGUUUUAUCCAAAAUUCGAGUUAACAGAAGAUGGCCAUGAAAUGACAUGGCAAACGAACUAUCUUGGACAUUUUCUACUUACUGAACUAUUACUUCCAUUGAUUAAGAAGUCAUCGAAUGGACGAAUUAUCAACGUUUCCAGUUCACUUCAUAAAACGGCUGAUAGUGUUGAUGUUUCUAUCGUUAAUAACAAAAAAUAUUUCAGUAAAUCGAUGCCAUAUAGUAGAUCAAAGUUAGCUCAGGUUAUGCAUGUUCGUGAAUUAACCAGACGACUAAGGACAAAGGAUCCAGGAACUACAGUAACAAUCAAUGCUGUACAUCCCGGUGUUUGUUUCACUGAACUUAUGCGCUAUACGGUUUUCAGCCGGAAAUAUAUCCUAAAAAUCAUUUCACCACUUCUUUGGUUCUUCAUGAAGACUGAUAAAGAUGGUGCGCAAACAACGUUGUAUGUGGCUUUAAGCAAAAAUGUGGAAGCUAUUUCGGGCAGAUAUUUUGGGGAAUGUAAAGAACAUACUCCUUCGCCGAAUUCAUUGGAUGACACUAAAUGUAAUAUACUGUAUAAUCAAAGUUUGGAAGCAGUGAAACUAUCGGAAUGA